AUCCUAAAUAAACAACUCCAUUUGUUGGCGGUGCCUCAAACUGAAUACUUCGAUAGCGAUUUCGACCAACGUCUUGACCCCCCCAUUCACAGAAACCCAUCACUUGAAUGUCCCCAGAUGGUCAAUUUAUUACCUAUUCAAUUUGAUUAAACGUUUUCGUCUACCAUCUCCAUAACCAAAUAAUAUAUUGUACACAAGUAGUUAGGACUCACCGCCCUUUUCCUUCUUAGCCACCUACCUUUUCUUCAUGAACUAUUCUACAUUUAAUAACCCCACCUCUUUAUUUACUCGUAUCUCUCAUCUUUCACUUCCCUCUUCUCGUUUGAUUGCCAUUCGAUCGAGUUCUGCUUGCUUUUGUAUUGGGAAGAGCAUUCCCAAGUUCUGUUUUUCACGUUUUCGGUUGUUUUCAGUAUUAAGUUCUUAUACCUUCAUGGAGGUGGUCAAAUCAGCUGCAAAGCAUGGGGCAACUUGCCGUGAGAAUGUUGCUAUUAGAGCUAACCAGAAAAGUCAUAGUUACAUACAACUGAUCUCAUCUGCACUAAAGAUAUCUGAUCUAUUGACUAGCAGUGAUCUACGAACUGGUCAUGGGCAUCUUGGUGGAGCAAAAAUUGGCAUUGUAGCAAAACCCUCGGCUGAAUUUCUUGCUGGAGUGCUGGGAACUUGGUUUAGUGGAGGUGUUGCUGUUCCACUUGCACUCAGCUAUCCAGAGGCUGAGCUCUUACAUGUCUUGAAUGAUUCGGAGGUCUCCAUGAUACUGAGUACUGAAGAUCAUGUUGAAUUUAUGCAAAGUGUUGCUGCUAAAACAGUUGCAACAGUUUCUCUUAUUCCACCUGUUCCUCAUAUUUAUUCAGAAAGAAACUCUCAUGAUCAAUCAACCAAUAUAGAAGUAGAUGCAGCAGAUGCAGAUAGAGUUUUUCAGGGGACAGUAGAGAACUUGAGUGAUGAUCCUGCAUUGAUAAUUUAUACUAGUGGUACAACUGGUAAACCAAAAGGAGUUGUUCACACUCAUAAAAGCAUCACUUCACAGGUUCAAAUGUUGUCAAAUGCUUGGGAAUAUACAUCAGCUGACCAAUUUCUGCAUUGUCUUCCCCUGCAUCAUGUUCAUGGGCUGUUCAAUGGCUUGUUAGCUCCUAUCUAUGCAGGUUCCACGGUUGAGUUUAUGCCAAAAUUUAGUGUCAGUGGUAUCUGGAAAAGGUGGCGGGAAUCAUAUCCAUCCAAGAGUUCUAAAUCUGAUGAUGCUAUAACUGUUUUUACCGGGGUUCCGACCAUGUAUGCUCGAUUGUUACAAGGUUAUGAAGCAAUGGAUUCAGAGCUACAGCUUGCUUCUGCCUCUGCUGCAAGACAGUUGCGCCUUAUGAUGUGUGGCUCUUCUGCACUUCCUCCUCCUAUCAUGAAACAAUGGAAGGAAGUAACUGGCCAUGAACUUUUGGAACGAUAUGGUAUGACCGAAUUUGUCAUGGCAAUUUCAAAUCCUUUAAAUGGUCAGAGAAAGAUUGGAACUGUUGGCAAACCCUUCCCUGGCGUGGAGGCCAAGAUUGUUGCAGAUGAUGGGAGUACCAAUGAUUCAAGCUUGGAGGGCGAGCUGUGUAUUAGGAGCCCUUCAAUGUUUAAAGAAUAUUGGAAGCUUCCCGAGGUUACCAAAGAAUCUUUUAUUGAUGGUGGUUUCUUCAAGACUGGAGAUGCUGCUAGACUUGAUGAAGAUGGUGGUUACUACAUCAUACUAGGACGUUUGAGUGCCGAUAUCAUGAAAGUUGGGGGAUAUAAGUUAUCAGCAUUAGAGAUUGAAUCAGUGAUUUUGCAGCAUCCGUCUGUCAUAGAAUGUUGUGUGUUGGGAUUACCAGACAAAGACUACGGAGAACGUGUCUGUGCAAUUGUUGUGCUUCAGGCUAACAUGAAAACGACAAUACCUGAUGGGUCCAAUCCUAGUAUGAGCUUAGAUGAACUUCGAACAUGGGCUAAAGACAAGCUUGCACCAUACAAGUUACCAACUAUGUUAUUGUUGAAGGACUCGCUGCCUCGGAACGCAAUGGGAAAGGUGAACAAGAAAGAGUUGAAGAAAAAGCUGAUAGUCGAAGAGUAAACCUAAUAGACAAUUUGGACCUAUUGGCGAUGAAAAGCAAGGCAUAGACAUUUGUUCUUACUAGUAGUAAUAGUGUUGAUUAUUUGAUUACUUUUGUAAUCACUGCUAUUAAGCCAUUAAUUAGGUUCUGUAAUGUAUAUCAUUCCUAGACAACUGAAGAAACAAACAAUGGUUCUAUAAUGAAACUAGUUGAUUUUUGGAAAGACAUGCAAAAGUAAUAGAAUAAUCAUUUUAUAUUUAA